CAUAGAUUAUUGUUUAUAAUCAGUUAAUGUCAGUAAAAAGGUCACAUUGUGUUGAUCAUAACGAAAUUUUAUAUCCCUCAAUUCCUCCACAUGUUGAUGGAUAUAUGAAAUUUCUUCAAAAAAGGUAGCAGCUCCACCAACGGCCAGUCAGGUUGAGGAGAGGGAGAGGAGUAAGAUGGAGGAGACUGACAGGGCUGAAGGAGCAGGUCUGAUGGAGAGACGAUUAUAGGUUGAAGACGAAGGAUUUCUAACAAGGAGGUCACAUCUACGCAGACCAGGCAGAGCCAGACAACACAUAACAAAGUGUGAUCCAGUGAGUGAACCUGGUGAAGCUCAACACUCAGAAAACAAUGACGAGAGAACAGGAGGAGAGUCUGAAAUCACAUCCGUACUGUCUGCAACCAAUGACAAAGUAGAGGAGUUGGAGGAGAAUGCAGCUGAAAUCAAGGCAAAGUGUGAUCCAGUGAAUAAAGCUGGUGUUGCUCAACACUCAGAGAAGAACGAUGACAACACAACAGUAGGAGGAGAAUCUGAAAUCAAUUCUGUAAAACCAUCUGAAACCAACGAGAAAGUAGAUGACCCGGAGGAGAGUACAGCUAAAACAGAGUGUAAUCCAGUGAAUAAACCUAGUGUUGCUGAACACUCAAAGAAGAAAGAUGACAACAAAGGAGAAGGAGGAGAAUCUGAAAUCACGCCUGUAAAACCAUCUGAAACCAACCAGAAAGAUACCGAUAUGGAUCUGAAUGGAAACAAGGAUAAGCAGUCAGUCAACAUUUCUGAAAAGAGCGACAAGAAGGAGCAACAUCAAACAGAAAUUAAACAACUGCUCAGCAGACUUCAUCUUCCAGAUGAAAAUGAACAAAAGUUGACACCAGCUGACUUUCUUAAAAUAGGUCCAUCUGUGAAACAGCAGAAUGACACAUCUGAGAAAGAUCUCGCUCACACUUUUCUUCAGACGCUGAUGAUGUUAGACUACAGAGCCAGAUAUAUUCCUGUAAGACAAGACAGUCCUGAGGUGAGCCACUUGAAGCCUUUCCCAGUGUUAAAAACUGUUGAAACAGAAGACAGUGCAUUAGAUGCUCUUUUCAGCACCAGUUUAGACUCUGAUCAGAUAAAACAGUCUCAUGUGCAUCCAAUGGAUGUUCAAAUGGCAGUAUUUCACUGCUCAGACAGCUUUCUUAAGCAGAACAUGAUUACAAAGCUAUCACAGUGUCAGUACGCCUUACCUUUGCUUGUUCCUGACCCAGUCACAAUGGAUGUUGAGUGUCCUCUGUGGACAUUCAGACAAAUAAGGAAAAGCUGGAAGAUAACUCAAACCAAAGAAUUGAAGAGUAUGCCCAUUUACAAAGCUAAGACACACAUGGUGUCAUUUUUCCGUCUUGGUUCACUAUCACUGUCUAAAUCUCAGCUGAUGAACACUUUGAUCAACGACCGCCACAGCACCUUCUUCCAUAGAAACUGCCCAGGAAGCACCAAAUUUCGCCAUUUGUUGGACGGUGUGGCAGAGAUUGCAUGGUACUGCCCUGCUGGAAAACCCAAUGAUGCCUUCACUGACUGCAUUGCCUUCUGUAAUCUUCAUGGUGAUGCUAUGAUGAUUGAAAAACAGCGAAAAAUACUGACAGAAAAAUCUUCAAUCAAUGUUGUUCUGUUACCAACUCUGGAGAAAAGUAACAAAAGUACUUCAGUUGUCUCAGACCUUCUCAAGUCUCCAAAACCUCUUAUUUGUCUCAUUGUUGAUAAUGAUUGUGGUGCAGCUGAGAUGAAAGAGGGAAAAUACAAAAUGGGUCUGAAAGACAAAAGCCAAUCAGAUGUUUCCAAGGAACUGAAAGGAAUCAUUGGAACAAUCUUGUCUGGAUCACAUACAUCCUUCCAGCUAGAAACCAUGGCUGAGGUCUCUGGAAUCAGAGUGGAUGAAAAUGACACAGUCUGCCAAAAAGGAAAAUCUGCUGCUAUGAAAAUAGUGAAUUUACUUAAAGGGAUGGAUGUUUCAAAGAUCAAAGAUGAAUAUCUGCCUUGUCAAGGCAAACUGUGGCAUGACUGGUGCAAAAUAAACAAAGAACAGUAUCACCUCAAAGGGAACAUUGAGAAGGAGAAAUGUAAAAAACAACAGGAACUGGAGAGAAUACGUCAAGAGCAAUGUAAUGCUUCCUUUAGUAAACUGAUGAAGUUGUUCACUGAAAGCCUCUCGUCUCUGCCAUCAGAGGAGAGAGAGUAUUUCCUGAAAUGGAUUCAGAUCUUACUAGAUGCACUUUCCACAGAUGAUCUAUCUUCAAUUCUCCACAAAUAUGAUGAAAAAUGGUCUGAAGUCUUGGAUUUGAAGAAGAAACAUGACAAAUCUGAUCAGCUAAUAAGCAAGCAAACUGAGCUUGAGGAAAUAUCAGCAAAACUGCAGUCAGCUACUUUUGGUUUAGAGCACAUCUUUAGAGAAAUCGCACAGAUCUAUGAAGCCCAUAAAUCUCUGCAGAAACAAACAAUGACGGAAGAGACUCACUGGUCUAAAUACCCUGAGCUGGCUGCAGAGCUGAUGAUAUCAGGAUACUCAAUGGAGCUGAUGGAUGGUGAUGCAGGUCAUGUGUCUUUAACAUGGAUCUCUAGUCUUUUAGAUGAAGUCAUCAAGAAACUGGGAGAUCAGAGAGUUUUUGUUUUGUCAGUUUUGGGUUUACAAAGCAGUGGAAAAUCAACCAUGCUGAAUGCCAUGUUUGGAUUACAGUUUGCAGUAAGUGCUGGCAGGUGCACCAAGGGUGCCUUCAUGCAGCUGGUCAAAGUGUCAGAGGAGAUGAAGAAAGACUUUCAGUUUGACUAUGUUCUAGUGGUGGACACUGAAGGACUGCGUGCUCUUGAGUUGAGGGGUAACGCCACUCUUCACCACGACAAUGAACUGGCGACAUUUGUCAUUGGUCUGGGAAACAUGACAUUGAUCAACAUCUUUGGAGAGAGUCCAGCUGAGAUGCAAGAUGUCUUGCAGAUUGUUGUUCAGGCUUUCAUGAGGAUGAAGAAAGUUAAACUUUCCCCAAGUUGUGUGUUUGUUCACCAGAAUGUUACAGAUAUUGCAGCUGCAGAGAAAAAUAUAGAUGGAAAGAGACGACUGCAAGAAAAACUGGACCAGAUGGCUAAACUAGCUGCUGAAGAGGAGGUUUGUUAUGCUGAAUGCUUCAGUGACAUCAUUUCAUUUGAUGUGAAGGAAGACGUGAAAUACUUUGCCCAACUGUGGGAGGGAAGUCCACCCAUGGCUCCUCCAAAUCCAGGUUAUAGUGAGAGCGUCCAGGAUUUAAAAACCAUCAUCCUCUCUAAAGCUUCACAGUCUAAAGGGACAACUCUCUCACAGUUCAAAAGCAAUAUAAAGGACCUGUGGAAUGCCCUUCUGAAAGAAAACUUUGUUUUCAGCUUCAAAAACACACUUGAAAUUGCAGUGUACAGAAAACUUGAAGUCCAGUAUGGGAAUUGGACCUGGACCCUGAGGAGCAACAUGUUGACCAUUGAGAACCAGCUUUAUAACAGAGUUGAAAAUGGAAAACUUGACAAAGUUGAGUUCAGUUAUCUUCAAAAGGAAAUGAGCAAAACAUAUGAAGAAAUCAAAAAAGAUAUGAAACUGUACUUUGAUGAUGACAGAGACAAAGAAAUGUUGGUUCAGUGGCGAGGCCGAUUUGAAAGCAAAAUCAAAGAGUUUCAUGAUGAACUUGUGAGAGGAGUUAAAAGAAAACUGGAUGAAGUCAUUGAGCAGAAGAAUGCUUGUAAAAAGAUGGAUGAAAAGAAAACAGAGUUUGAGAACAAGUUGCUUCAAAAGAGCAAAGAACUCGCGCAUCAGUUAAAAUUCAAGGCUGAAGGUGAAGAGGAAUUUGAAAAGCAGUUCAACAGUGUUUGGAGUGGCUGGGUUACUAAAUUAACUGGAGACACUAAACCUAUUGAGGACAUCAAGUUGGAAGACGACCAGUUAACUAUCCUGUACGGCCUUGGUAUUGAAUGGCCUCUCAUUAAUGAUUCCAAAACCUCUGACAAAUACAAAAACAUAUCAAUGAUUGGGGAUUAUUCUCAUUAUGUAACCCUAAAGAAGAACCAAAGUCUGGGUGACGUGGUUAUUCAAGUAGCUAAAACAAUGGUCGGGAAGGGGCAUCUUCCAUGUGAAGAACAAAAACUGAUCAGAUCUCUCAUUGAUGAUUUUAUACAACAGUCCCUUGAUGAAAUUAAGAGCAAACCUGUCGCUACAAGAGGCUACAAUCCAACUUACUUGCAAGAAGCAGCCAACAGUGUCAAAAUAAAAUUAACAAACUUUGAAUCUAAGAGUAAAUAUGCUUUUAAGAAGGAGUUUACAGUUGAUCUCUUACUGUAUGUGUUUGACAAGGCAGGAACUUGGAUUUCAGAGUGCCACAAGAAAUUCAAGAUGAACAAUGAUGCGCUCACUUAUGUAGAAAGCAAGAAACAGGAAUAUUACAACAUUUUCAGAAGUUUCUGCAAAGGAAACUCAUCUGCUGUUGUGCUUGGAGAACUGAUCUGUGAAAAACUGAAGGUUUCCACUGUUGAAGCUGUCUGGAACAAAACUGCCAUUGAUCUUGUCGGAGAGAUGAAGUGCAGUUUCCCAGCAUUCAGUGGGAACAGGUUGAACUUGGAGAAACAUGUGUUGAAGUCACUGGCAGAGAAAGAAGACUUUGAUGGUUUCAUCACCUACAUCAGAUGUCCAAGGGACCAAGCAGAGAGUUUCAUAAAAGAGGAAGUAGAGAAAUACAUCUUCACAGAACACAAAGCCAAAGAACUGACUAUACUCAAGAAAAAUGUUGAAGAUAUCAAUAAACUUGUGAGUCAAGUUUUGUUCAAAGCAACAGAGAAAGUCAAAGCUCAGAGAGGAGACACAGACAUGUGGCUGAAGGAAUUUUCCAGUUUGCUUAAUGAUGAGCUAACAUUCAACACCAUUUCUUCUCAAAAUUUCAGUGACAUAAACGAAUUUGACUUUCUUAAAGAAGAGAUAGAGAAAGGACUUCCAUCCAUCAUUGACGAGAUGAGCAGCCUCUCAUUGGAUAAGAUGAAGGAAUUCAGGCUGAAGCCAGAUCAAAUCCUCAUCGAUCAGCUGUGUAACUGCUGCUGGGUAACAUGUCCAUUCUGUGCAGCUGUUUGUACCAACACCCUGGAAAAUCACAGUCCUGACGAUCACAGCGUGCCUUUCCAUCGACCCUCUGCAAUCAAUGGAUGGCACUAUAGAGGCACAGUGGAGAUGUGCAUCAAUUUCUGCACAACAGAAGUUGCAAGUGAUCACAGUUUUUACCCUCAUCGUGUUUCAGAAAAGACCAUUCCCUAUAAACUGUACCGAACUGGUGGCCCAGAAUAUGCUAACUGGAGAAUUACUGCUGAUGAGUCUAAGCUGACGUACUGGAAAUGGUUUGUAUGUCGAUUUCAAAAGCAGCUGGAAGACCACUAUAACUUAAAAUUCCAGGGCAGAGGUCAAAUCCCCAGUGAGUGGAACAAUCUCUCUAAAGAAGAAGCUAUUAAAAGUCUGGAUGAAAUGUGUCAAUGAGCCAACACAACACAACUACAACCGUGUUGAAAAUUAUGAUAAUGUUUUGUUUUCAUCAACCAGAUUUAUGCUGAUUUUAUAAUUGACAGGUGAAUUUGUCUGUGAGUAAUAAAUGUGAACAGUCAGUGAACUAAUACAUACAGAAGGCUUUUUGACUGUUGAACACACAUCUGGUUGCUUGAUUGAAAUCGACACGUAAAACAAAAUAAGGGCACAAGAACAAAGCAAUUUGAAGGAUGUUGCGUCUCAUAAAAACUUAAUAUCAAUUUGUCAUCUACAAAGUCAGUCAGUGAGAAUUUCUGGAAAUGCAGAUAGUUUCCAUAAAUGUAAAAGCAGAACACAAUAUGUUGUUGUUUGUUUGCUUGUUUUUCACAGAAAGAGAAUUGAUGUAACUACUUUGUGUUAUAUGUAAGAUGAGUCAAAGGAUGGACAUUUUAUCUUAAUUAAAUCAGAAUAUAUGAAGUUUAAAGUUCUGAUUUUCAAUGAAAAUGGAAAGAGUUGUGAGAGGGUUGGUGAGACACCUGUUGUAAGAAAUUAUUUUUUUACAAUGAGGAACAGAAUUUCUUUGUUAACAUGUUUAACAGUCACAUCUCAGAAUCAUGUCAAAGAAGUUUUGUCUGUUUGUAAAAACUUACAACCGAUGCUUUAUGUUUUUAAGUAUUUGAUGUGUUCAGUUGUGUAAUGUUUAUCUAUUUUCAACCAUUCUGUUAUUAUUUGCACAUUAGUAUUUUUGUAGAUUUGUUUAAGUGAACUUCUGCUCUGUCCGAGCUAUUCAGAUAUCCAGAGUUAAUGUAAACUGUGUCAUUCAUAUGAAGAAAAUGUUUCUAAAAGAUUUAGUCAUUUAUUAAACUGAUCAUUUAGUGACAUCACAAAAAAAACUUAUGUUAUCAACAAGCAUAAUUAAUCAUAAUAAAAAUGAUUACUUCAUAUCUACUACUACUAUCUACCUAAGGUUUCUUAUUGUUUCUUAAUGACAGUCUCUAUUAAUACAUUUAACACCUGUCAUCGACCACAGUGCAUUUAUGUUUUUAUUGUAUUAUUUUACUGAAGUCUGAAUCAAGAGUGUGAGAUCAAACAUUCAAAAUAA